AUGGCAAGUUCAGCCUCAAGAGAGAGGCCGUUUACAAGAGAUUGCGAGAUUGGGCAAAAUGGAAAAUGUGGGGUUGUAGAUAAGGCGAUGAAAGUGUUUGAUUUUAUGCCUGAGAAGAACUUGGUUUCGUGGAAUUCGAUGAUUUGUGCACUUUCUGUAAAUGGGUUUUCUAGAGAGAGCCUUGAUUUGUUGAUGGACAUGUUAGAAGAUGAAGGAUUGUUGCCUGAUGUAGUGACGGUGGUGACUAUAUUACCUGUUUGUGCAGGAGAAGCAGAAGUUGAUACAGGAAUGGGGAUUCACGGGUUUGCUGUGAAACUAGGUCUGAGCGAAGAGGUGAAAAAUGCUUUGGUAGAUAUGUAUUCAAAAUGUGGGUACUUGAACGAAGCUCACAUGAAAUAUGUCACAGAGGCAUUUAAUCUUCUGCAGGAAAUGCAGAACCAAGGAGAGGAAAUGAAAGCUGACGAGGUCACCAUUUUGAAUGUUUUGCCAGCUUGCCUGGACAAGUUGAAAUUGGGGAGCUUGAAAGAACUUCAUAGUUAUUCAUCUAGACAUUGUUUUCUAUAUGAAGAAUCGUCCAAUGCCUUUAUUUUAUUUUAA